AUGGCGCCCCCGAACCAGCUCGGCAAGCGCAUGAAGGGCGUCCAAAUCAGUCGGCCCUUCAUCUACGGCACUACUGCUCGCCCCUUUGAUGAAAAGACGAAUCCCAAGCCCCCUACCGUGCCCGACGGCCACACACAUUCCUGGCAGGUCUUUAUUAAGGGCGUCGACGAUACCGACAUCACCUACUGGCUGCGGAGGGUUCAAUUCAAGCUUCACGAGUCUAUCCCUAACCAUGUUCGCAUGAUUGAAGGAGAAAAAGGCAAGGCCUUCAUCGUCAACGAGACGGGCUGGGGCGAGUUCGAAAUCACAAUCAAACUCUACUACUCGAGCGAAUCCGGCGAAAAGGCCCAGACCCUCUACCACCACCUCCGCCUGCACCCCUACGGCAAGAACGACGACGAAAAAGCCCGCUCGCGCCAACCCAACGGCGACAUCGUCGCCUGGAACUACGAAGAGCAGCUGUUCAACGAACCCUACGAAGUCUUUUACAAUAUACUCACCUCGGGCGCCGCCGCGCCUUCCCGCACCGGCAACGCCUCCACCGCCUCCACCCCCGCAGGCAAGAAACAGAGCGCUGCCGCCGCCGCCGCUGCCGCCAACGCGACGCCCGAUCCCGCUUCGGGCAUCGUGUACGAACGCUCCGCCCUCGUGCCCCAGCGCAUGACGGCCGAGCAGCCCUUUUCCCGCGAGACCGAAGACUUAGAACGCGACCGCAUCACCCGCGCCCUCGACAAGGUUGUCGGCUGGAUCGACGAGACCAAGACCUCCAACCUAGAAAAGGAGAAGCUGCUUGCCGAGCUCCGCGCCGAGAACGCCGCCGCCGCCGCCAGCGGUCCCCAGACGAAGAAGGCGGGCGCCUAG